UUUUUCUCCUUCGGGUUUUAGGCGCCACCAUGCGAGGAACACAUCUCCUCCUGAUCCCCGCUCUGCUCCUCCUCCUGGCCUUCCCCGUCUCCAGGGGACGCUACAACGACGAUUUUGACGACGGCGAGGACAUAGCGGACUUCGACGACAACGACUUCGCCGAGUUCGAGGACAUGAACGAGGACGCGGCAGCCGAGACGGAAACCGCUCCCCCGCCUCGCGCGGCGCAGUCGUCGCAGCCCGAGGAGGACGAGGACGAAGAUGAAGCCACCGUGGAGCUGGAGGACGGGCUGGAUGGCUUCGACGACUCGGAGACGCAGGAUCAAGACAUGUACAGCAAAUAUGACCAGGAGGAGUUUGAGGGGAUUGGAGACAUGGAGAAGACAGGCCACUCCAUGAAAGACCCCCUCAUAAUCCACACAGUCCCUGCACAUCUGCAGAACAGUUGGGAGAGUUACUACAUGGAGAUCCUGAUGGUGACCGGCCUGUUGGCCUACAUCAUGAACUACAUUAUUGGAAAGAACAAGAACAGUCGCCUCGCUCAUGCCUGGUUCAACUCGCACAGAGAACUUCUAGAGAGCAACUUUGCACUAGUGGGUGAUGACGGCACCAGUAAAGAACCAGUUAGCACUGGAAAGCUGAACCAGGAAAAUGAGCACAUCUACAACCUGUGGUGCUCCGGACGCGUGUGCUGUGAAGGGAUGUUGAUCCAGCUCAAGUUUUUGAAGAGGCAGGACCUCCUUAACGUUCUGGCCAGGAUGAUGAGGCCAGUCUGUGAUCAAGUGCAAAUCAAAGUGACUCUUAAUGAAGAGGACAUGGACACUUUUGUGUUUUCUGUUGGUACUAAGAAGGCCAUGGCCAAGCUGCAGAAGGAGAUGCAGGACUUGAGUGAGUUCUGCGGGGACAAGCCUAAGUCUGGGGCCAAGUACGGCCUUCCAGACUCCCUGGCUAUUCUUAGCGAGAUGGGCGAGGUCACAGAUGGGGUGAUGGACAACAAGAUGGUGCAUUACAUCACCAACCAUGCUGACAAGAUCGAGUCCAUCCAUUUCUCGGACCAAUUUUCUGGUCCAAAAAUUAUGCAGGAGGAGGGUCAGCCUUUAAAGCUGCCUGAGACCAAGAAGACGCUGCUGUUUACAUUUAAUGUGCCUGGCAUGGGCAACACCUCUCCCAAAGACAUGGACUCUCUGCUUCCUCUCAUGAACAUGGUGAUCUACAGCAUCGAUAAGGUCAAGAAACUCCGUCUCAACAGAGAGGGCAAAAUGAAAGCGGACCGAAACCGCGCCCGCGUGGAGGAGAACUUCCUGAAGCAGACGCACGCUCAGCGCCAGGAGGCCGCACAGACACGCCGCGAGGAGAAGAAGAGAGCCGAGAAGGAGAGGAUCAUGAAUGAGGAGGAUCCUGAGAGACAACGCCGUCUGGAGGAGGCAGCUCAGCGCCGCGAACAGAAAAAGAUCGAGAAGAAGCAGAUGAAGAUGAAGCAAAUCAAAGUGAAAGCCAUGUGAAAGAUCACCACAGGGAUAGUGACACAAGCACACGUAAAAAAAGCGGUGCUCAGUACAGACGGUUUCCUCCAUCUUCUCUCACCACAGUCCGCAGCUCUGGCUCCCAGUCGCUCCAGCUUUAAAGAGACGUCAUGUGCCUCUGUUAAGCUUAGCUGUCUGUCACCAACUGCUCCGUUUGGCUUAACCUUAACGACUGAGUGUGAACCGUCUGUAUCAAGCGAGAAGGACUUUUUCACCUUCAAAUCUGUCACCUAUAAUUCAGCAUUUUUUUUUUCUGUCCAGGUAUCUUCUUCUCAAAAUUAAUUGAAGCGCUCUCUGAAGGCUGUGUAGCUUUUUGAGCUUUUUAAAACCUAAUCUGCUGGGAAAGAACGUGCUAUUGGGUGGUAUUGCACCACAUUUUAAAAGGAAUUCAAAAACGUCUGUGGUUUCAGUGGGUAUUUAUAAGCAUUUGUAUAAUCCUGAGCUCAAUUUUUUUAUUUAUAUCUGCUAUGAGAUUGGUUUCUUGCUGGCUGUUUCUAAUGAAUAUCUGAACAACAAUAAAAUGCACUGGAAUCUGACAAUAAA